ACUCGGGGGCGGAGAGGCUGGGGCUCGGCGUUUGGGUCCAGCCCGGCUCUCGGCGUUGCGGGGUUCCAUCAGAGCCCGGGCCCCGCGCCAGCAACUUCCCCGCCUGGAGCCAGAUUUACGACCCCCCCCUCCCCAGCCCGGCUGCGUCUCGCAAUGUCAGGCCCUAGCGCUGCACCAUAAAAUGGAUCUGGGCCGGCGGGGCGGCGGCGGCCAGGCGGGCUCCGAGGCGAGGCUGCCGCGGCUCCCCAGGCUCCGCGCUGCGCCCGGGCGCACACGCGAGUCCUGACCACGGUCGGCGUACUGCCGCAGGGUCCCUGCCCUGCGCGCCACUGUCAGGAGGAGAGCCCCGGCGCAUAUUGGCUCGGCGACACGCCGAGGCUCCUCCCCAGUCUGGAUCUUUAUAUUUUGGGAGAAUUUCUUUGAACUCAGUUAGCGAGCUUGGUGAAGGAGGCAAGUUCCCAGGGCCGGCUCGGCUCGGCGAAGGCUCGCCCACCUUCCCUGCGAGCCGUGCGCCCUUCUCCUGUCCCUCCUCUACCCGGUGUAGGAGAACGCACGGACCCAGCUGAAGAAAAUGUCAGCGAUCUGGAUGUGACCGUGGAAAGAGGACGCGUGACUGGAGGAGACAGAGGAUGAGGAAAAGCUUUAUUUGAGGAGCAUCAUCGGCCACUCCAACCCUUCCUGCAAAUUGGUAUUACUUCUGGGAUCCAUUUGCUUUGAUUCUUCCCCACCCCCCAUUAAAAAAUCUUGACUUGAGGACCAGCCCCUGCCACGAGGGGGGACGCCUCCUGGGUUGGCAGACCUUUUGGAUGUAGCGCUGUCGGAACAUUUCAGACCCUCUCCUCUGGAAAAGCCACCAUGAAUUCGGUAGCUGGGAAUAAAGAGAGGCUUGCGGUUUCCACCAGGGGCAAGAAAUACGGGGUGAAUGAAGUCUGUUCGCCCACCAAGCCGGCGGCGUCCUUCUCCCCCGAGAGCUGGUACCGCAAGGCGUUCGAGGAGUCGCGCGCCGGGAGCCGGCCCACCCCCGAGGGCGCGGGCUCCGCGCUCGGCUCAUCAGGGACUCCAUCCCCCGGCUCCGGCACCUCAUCCCCGAGCUCUUUCACCGGCUCCCCGGGACCCGCGUCGCCGGGCAUCGGCACCAGCUCGCCGGGCUCUCUGGGAGGCUCUCCCGGCUUUGGCACUGGCUCCCCGGGCUCAGGCAGCGGCGGCGGCUCCUCCCCUGGCUCAGACCGCGGCGUCUGGUGCGAGAACUGCAACGCCCGCCUGGUGGAGCUGAAGAGGCAGGCUCUCAAGCUGCUGCUGCCGGGGCCCUUCCCGGGCAAGGACCCUGCUUUCUCAGCUGUGAUUCACGACAAACUCCAGGUCCCUAACACCAUCCGGAAGGCAUGGAAUGACAGGGACAACCGCUGUGACAUUUGUGCCACACACCUGAACCAGCUGAAGCAGGAGGCCAUCCAAAUGGUGCUGACCUUGGAGCAGGCUGCUGGCAGCGAGCACUAUGAUGCGUCUCCUGGCUCACCCCCUUCACUCUCCAGUAUGCCGACACUGGUGGGGUCCCGGCACAUGGGUGGGCUCCAGCAGCCCAGGGAGUGGGCCUUUGUGCCUGCCCCCUACGCCAGCUCCACCUACACAGGCCUUGUCAACAAGCACAACAGCAAACCCAACAGCCUUGGGGUCAGCAAUGGGGCGGAAAAGAAGAGUGGAUCCCCAACCCACCAGGCCAAGGUCAGCCUCCAGAUGGCCACCAGCCCCAGCAAUGGGAAUAUCCUCAACUCAGUGGCCAUUCAGGCUCACCAGUAUCUGGAUGGCACCUGGUCCCUUUCAAGAACCAAUGGAGUUACCCUGUACCCUUACCAGAUAUCCCAGCUGAUGACAGAGACUGGCCGAGAGGGACUGACGGAGUCUGUGCUGAACCGCUACAAUGCCGACAAGCCAACAGCCAGCAGUGUCCCAGCCCCGCAGAGUUCCUGUGUGGCCAACGAGACUUCCACAGGCACCUCCGUGGCUGCUUCCUUCUUUGCACGAGCUGCCCAGAAGCUAAAUCUGUCUUCUAAGAAGAAGAAGCACCGGCCUUCCACUUCCUCUGCCGCGGAGACACCCCUCUUUGCUACCAGCUUCAGCGGAAUCCUGCAGACCUCACCUCCCCCAGCCCCACCCUGUCUCCUGAGGGCUGUCAACAAGGUGAAGGACACCCCAGGCCUGGGCAAGGUGAAAGUCAUGCUUAGAAUCUGUUCCACAUUGGCUCGGGAUACCUCAGAAUCCAGCUCAUUCUUGAAGGUGGAUCCACGGAAGAAGCAGAUCACCUUGUAUGAUCCCCUGACUUGCGGAGGUCAAAAUGCCUUCCAAAAGAGAAGCAACCAGGUUCCUCCUAAGAUGUUUGCCUUUGAUGCAGUUUUUCCACAAGAUGCUUCUCAGGCUGAAGUGUGUGCUGGAACUGUGGCUGAGGUAAUACAGUCUGUGGUGAAUGGGGCAGAUGGCUGCGUGUUCUGUUUUGGCCAUGCCAAGCUGGGGAAAUCCUAUACCAUGAUUGGAAGGGACGACUCCAUGCAGAACCUGGGCAUCAUUCCCUGCGCCAUUUCUUGGCUAUUCAAGCUUAUCAAUGAGCGCAAAGAAAAGACCGGGGCCCGAUUCUCAGUCCGGAUUUCAGCGGUGGAGGUAUGGGGGAAAGAGGAGAACCUUCGGGACCUGCUGUCUGAGGUAGCCACAGGCAGCCUACAGGAUGGCCAGUCCCCCGGCGUUUAUCUCUGUGAGGACCCCAUCUGUGGCACACAGUUGCAGAACCAGAGUGAGCUGCGGGCCCCCACCGCAGAGAAAGCUGCCUUCUUCCUGGAUGCCGCCAUCGCCUCACGACGCAGCAACCAACAGGACUGUGAUGAGGACGAUCACCGCAACUCCCACAUGCUCUUCACCCUCCACAUCUACCAGUACAGGAUGGAGAAGAGUGGGAAGGGCGGAAUGUCUGGAGGGCGCAGCCGCCUACAUCUCAUUGAUCUUGGAAGCUGUGUGAAAGCUCUCAGCAAAAAUCGAGAAGGAGGCUCAGGGCUGUGCCUCUCACUGUCUGCUCUGGGUAAUGUCAUCCUGGCUCUUGUCAAUGGAAGCAAGCACAUCCCAUACAAAGAGAGCAAGCUCACCAUGCUGCUGCGGGAGUCUCUGGGGAACGUGAACUGUCGCACCACCAUGAUCGCACACAUCUCAGCCGCGGCUGGGAGCUACGCAGAAACCCUGUCCACCAUCCAGAUCGCAUCAAGGGUCUUAAGGAUGAAGAAGAAGAAGACAAAGUACACGUCAAGUUCCUCUGGGGGAGAAAGUUCCUGUGAGGAGGGCAGAAUGCGCAGGCCCACUCAGCUGAGACCCUUCCAUGCCCGGGCUCCAGUGGACCCCGACUUCCCCCUCGCCCCGCUGUCUAGUGAUCCUGACUACUCCUCCAGCAGUGAGCAGUCCUGUGACACUGUCAUCUACAUUGGGCCAAACGGCACUGCCCUGUCUGACAAAGAGCUUACUGACAAUGAGGGUCCCCCAGACUUCGUCCCCAUCGUGCCAGCCCUGCAAAAGACCAGGGGUGAGAGCCGGCCUCUGGAGGCAGCAGAGGCUGCAGCCAACAAGUCAGAAAGGGAUUGCCUGAAGUGCAACACGUUUGCUGAACUACAGGAAAGACUAGACUGCAUUGAUGGCAGUGAAGAGCCCAACAGGUUUCCCUUCGAAGAGCUACCCAUUCAGUUUGGGCCAGAGCAAGCAGGCAGAUGUGCUUCAUUAAGCCAAGUAGCCGAGCCAGACACACUCUCUGAAUCCGAUAAGGAAGAUAAUGGGUCAGAAAGUGGCCAGUUGACAGACAGGGAAGGCACAGAGCCCUUGGUAUCCAAGAUGCAGCAGAAUCAUUCUCCUGUGCCUGCAGUGAUGCAAAGCAGCAGCCCCAGUCCAGCCUCACCCAGGAACAUCCCAGGCAGCAGUAGCCAGCACAGCACAUCCCAGCUCACACAGAGCCCCAGCCUCCAGAGCAGCCGCGAGAGCCUGAACUCAUGUGGCUUUGUGGAGGGUAAGCCCAGGCCCAUGGGCUCCCCACGGCUGGGUGUUGCCAGCCUAUCUAAGACCUCAGAAUACAAACCCCCCAGCUCUCCCUCCCAGAGGUGUAAAGUCUAUACCCAGAAGGGGGUGCUGCCCUCCUCUGCCCCACCACCAUCGCUGAGCAAGGACUCAGGCAUGGUCUCUAGUGAGUCCUUGCUCCAGCCUGAUGUGCGUACACCCCCCGUUGGAAUGAGCCCCCAGGUUUUGAAGAAAUCCAUGUCUGCUGGGAGUGAAGGGUUCCCAGAAUCUCUGGUCGAGGGUGAGCAUCAGGAAGCCCCUCCUGCAGACGCCAAGAAGGAGAUUCUGAGCACCACGAUGGUGACAGUACAGCAGCCACUGGAGCUGAAUGGGGAGGACGAGCUGGUGUUCACACUGGUGGAGGAGCUGACCAUCAGCGGGGUCCUCGACAGUGGCCGCCCCACCAGCAUCAUCAGCUUCAACAGUGAUUGUUCAGUGCAGGCCCUGGCCUCAGGCUCCCGGCCUGUCAGCAUCAUCAGCAGCAUCAGUGAGGACCUGGAGUGUUACUCUAGCAUAGCACCUGUUUCUGAGGUGAGCAUCACACAGUUCCUGCCGCUCCCAAAGUUGGGCCUGGAUGAGAAGUCACGGGAGGCAAGCAGCCGGCGCUCCUCCAUCAGCUCCUGGCUGAGUGAGAUGAGCGCAGGCAGUGACGGUGAGCAGUCUUGCCACAGCUUCAUAGCACAGACAUGCUUCGGGCACGGGGAAGCCAUGGCAGAACCCCCAGCCUCGGAGUUUGUCAACAGCAUCCAGAACACCGCCGUGGUGUGCAGAGAGAAGCCCAAGGCAGGCCCUGAUAACUUACUCAUCUUAUCUGAGAUGGGAGAAGAUUCUUUCAACAAAGCCACUCCCAUCAAAAGCUGCAAAAUAUCCACACUGGGCAAGGCCAUGGUUACAAUCUCCAACACGGCCAGUCUGAGCAGUUGUGAAGGGUACAUCCCCAUGAAGACCAACAUCACAGUUUACCCCUGCAUUGCCAUGAACCCCCGAAAUGUGCAAGAGCCUGAGUCAUCCACUGCUGUCCCAAAAGCAGUCCCCAAAACAGUCCAGUCCCAAGACAGCAAGGAAGCCAGUACAAGGAAAGAGAUGAAAUUUGAAGAUCCCUGGCUGAAACGAGAAGAGGAGGCGAAAAAGGAGAAUGUGUACCCCAGUGAAGAAGGGGUUAGGUGUGAGACUGUCCCAAGCCCCCCGAAAUCAGAAGCCAGGCCAGAGCAGGAGCAGGAUGGCAGGCCUGGCUCCGGUGACAGGCUGAGCAGGAACAGUGGGGAGGUAACUGCCUCGCAGGUGACUGACAUUAGGAGAGUUGUGGAUGGCUGUGAGAUGGCCCUGCCUGGCUUGGUGGCCCAGAGUCCAGUGUAUUCCAACAAAAGCCUGAAGUCCAGCAGCCUCCCCAGGGCAUUUCAGAAGGCCAGCAGACAAGAAGACCUGGACAGCCUCUUCUACCACUGCCUGGCAGACACCAACGGCUUCAGUGGGGCUCUGGGCACCCAGCCCUCAAAGACAACCCUGGAAAGGAAGGUGGCUUCACCCAAACAUUGUGUCCUGACUCGGCCCAAAGGGACACCACCCCUUCCUCCUGUCCGCAAGUCCAGCUUGGACCAGAAGAACCGGGCCAGUCCCCAGCACAGCGCCAGCAGCAGUAGCACCAGCAGCCCCCUCAACCAGCCCUCUACCUUCUUGGCCUGCUUCCCUGAUGAGUCCACCAGCAAGGCAAAGGAGUCCAGCAGUAGCAGCAAGCUCUUCAGCGCCAAGCUCGAGCAGCUGGCCAGCAGAACUAACUCUCUUGGCAGAACAACAGUUAGCCACUACGAAUGCCUAUCACUGGAGCGGGCGGAGAGCCUGUCGUCCAUGAGCUCCCGCAUGCAUGCGGGCAAAGACAGCACCAUGCCCCGCACCGGCAGGAGCCUGGGUCGUAGCACAGGAGCCUCGCCACCCAACUGUGGCAUCACCCAGUCGGCGGGGGCCUCGCCAAAGGCCAGCCAGUCCAAGAUCUCUGCAGUAAGCAAGCUCCUGCUAGCCAGCCCCAAAUCACGCAGCCUGUCCACCUCGACCACCAAAACCCUCAGCUUCUCCACUAAGUCCCUGCCACAGUCUGUGGGCCAGAGCUCCAAUCUGCCGCCCAACGGGAAGCACAUGUCCUGGUCCACGCAGUCACUCAGCAGGAGCCGGGGCUCCGGGCUGGCUUCCAAACUGCCCCUGCGAGCAGUCAACGGGCGCAUUUCCGAGCUGCUGCAGGGCAGCGCGGGGGCGCGGGGCGCACAGCUGCGGGCUGGGCCCGAGGCCGAGGAGCGCUGCGGGGCUACCCCGGAGGAUAAGCCCACGGCUGCUGCGCACCUGCUGCCAUCGCCUUACAGCAAGAUCACCCCACCGCGGAAGCCGCACCGCUGCAGCAGUGGGCACGGCAGCGACAACAGCAGUGUGCUGAGUGGGGAGCUGCCACCCGCCAUGGGGAAGACCGCCCUGUUCUACCACAGCGGAGGCAGCAGUGGCUACGAGAGCAUGAUGAGGGACAGUGAAGCCACCGGCAGCGCAUCCUCCGCCCAGGACUCCAUGAGUGAGAACAGCAGCUCCGUGGGAGGGAGGUGCAGGAGCCUCAAAACCCCCAAAAAACGGUCCAAUUCAGGUUCUCAGAGACGGAGGCUCAUUCCAGCGUUAUCCCUUGAUACCACCUCACCUGUGAGAAAACCUGCCAGCAGCACGGGGGUUCGCUGGGUGGACGGCCCCCUGAGGAGCACCCAGAGGGGCCUCGGAGAACCUUUUGAGAUUAAAGUCUAUGAAAUCGAUGAUGUAGAGCGCCUGCAGCGGCGACGAGGGGGCACCACCAAGGAGGUCAUGUGCUUCAAUGCCAAGAUGAAGAUUCUGGAGCAUCGGCAGCAGAGGAUUGCCGAGGUCCGAGCCAAGUACGAGUGGCUGAUGAAGGAAUUGGAGGCAACCAAACAGUACCUAAUGCUGGACCCCAACAAGUGGCUUCGUGAAUUUGACUUGGAACAGGUCCUGGAGCUGGAUUCCCUGGAGUACCUGGAGGCACUGGAGGGCGUGACAGAGCGUCUAGAGAGCCGUGUCAACUUCUGCAAGGCCCAUCUCAUGAUGAUCACCUGCUUUGACAUCACCUCCAGGCGCCGAUAAGGAAUGAGGGCCCCUGAGCUGUCAGUCCCUCACUCCUAAGGACUUCAGCAGGACACUGCCCUCCCAGACCCUCUGUGCUGGCAACACUCGAGACAUUAGGACGAGGAUGAAGGUCGGUGGCAAGUCUAGAGUGAGCGUGGAGUGGAAGGCGAUGUUUCCUUUGUUUUCUGUAGGAAAGAGAGGUGCAUACACCAACAUGUGGAAGGAGAAAAUGAUGGGAGGCCCCGUGAGACUGAGAAAGCACUUUGAGGUACCUUAAAGAACUCUGUACAUAAGGACUGCUAGCAGAGAGACUCUUGCCUUGCGGUUGUGAGGAAGGGGAGGGCGACGCGAAAUUGCCGUUGAUAGCGAAACACCAAGAUGACCCAGAAUGACAGUUUAAGUGCCUUGCAAAUCUUUAUGAUUAUCUAAACAUUUAUGUUCAAACUUUCUUGUGUACAGAUGGUGCUAGUCAUAAAGAAAACCAACAAAACAGAAAACCCAACACAUUUUUUGAAAUGUAUUUACGGCUUGUUUUCUCUUGGUGUUUUAUCUUGUUUUUGACUUGCUGUUUCUAAGGAAGUUGUGUUUGUAGAGAUGUUUCCUAAUCAGUAUUGCAGAUGAAUAAAUGUUAAGUGUCUUUCAUGGUUAUUCUGGUAAGGCCACUCAAAUAGAAUGUGGAGACCUGCAUGGGCACAAGCCAGUGUGUUUCCCAGUGAGGUUUGGAAGGGCACGUGACACGGGAUGACACCUUCUACAAACAGCAGUUCAGCCAACCAUCCCAGGAGUCCUGCAUAAGCCGGUGAACAUAAGUUUCAUCAGUUGGGAGAGAUGUCUUUAAAGGAAAGGGUCCUGGGUGACCUGGGCCCCACCUUCUCCUUGUAAGUGGGAUAUUUGUUUCAUGUAUCCUCCCCCCACCCCAUCCAUCCAGAAAUGUCAUGGUUUUCAAAACAAGUUCAUGUUCAUUUCUAGUCCAAAGACUCUAGAUUGAAUGCUUGAACCAUUCCAGCAGAGUUGUGUUUGUUUCCAUUUUGUGAAGAUAUUGAAGCAGGGUGGGGGCUGUCUAUGUUGAGAACUCCUCACACGCUCACACAGGCUCAGAGAUUCAGCACGGUUUAGAGCAACAAGGGGCGUUAUGAUUGUACAGCUUUCUACCACCCAGAGUCCCACCUAAGAGCAAGAAAUCAGCUCUCCCCUGUCCUAAAGCCUCUGCGGUACCCAGGAUAAGGCUUGUUCCUGCAGCCUUAGUAUCUAGAGGCACAGAGAGGCUUCCCAUCUCUAAGUCCCAGAAGAGGCAAGGCAUAGCUAAGUGGACACGGUACUUAAGUCUUGCUUCUGAGAACUGAGGACUCCAUUCUCAAAUUACUCCACUCCCUUCAAGAUCUUUAGACACAGGUUAGGGAUAGAGAGCUGAGGCAUAGAAUGGUCCAGGAUUCCCUAAACACAGCCUGGAGCCACUGGGGCAUCUGAGCACCUUAGACGAACCAGGUGCCCUCUGCAGCCUGCCUGUGCACACAUGUGCUCAGGGUUUCCUACAGAGGACUCCAUAUCUUCACCCUCCCUGUGACAUAUCCAGACCUGGUCAACUAAUCAACUCCUGAGCCCUAGAUUCUCCCCAAGGAGCAUCUUUGCAUUUCUUGAUCAGCCCUCUGGACACAUGUAGCCCAGCACAGCAGGCUAUAUGGCCAGCAGGGCUCCACAAGCAGGAACUGAGGUCAUAUGAGUGUCAUGGCACCUGAUCCUCUUCUCAGAACAGGCACAGAUAGCCUAUCAGCUUGCCUGCUUCAGAAGUCCGCUCUGUGGACCCAAAGCCGUCUCCAUGGGUCACAAGUCCAGCUUUGCACCUUCUAUAAGAGUCAACUCCUAGGCCAAGAUGUCCCAAACUGUUGGUUGAAUGCUCUGAGCUCUGCAAUGGCCUGUUUCUUCUCUGUGUGUUCUACAAAUCUAACAAGUGUGUCUCCUGAGAUGCAGGGCCUCCUGAAUUCCUCCCCAGCAUCAUUCUGUAGGGAGUCCUGGGCUCAGGGCCCAUCAGCCUUGUAACGCAUGUAUGCAUGGGCCUGCUUAACAACAGUGCUCUUGGAAGCUUUCUGACCUACGAGGAUACCAAUCUUUUCACUUCGAGCAUCUGUUUUGAAACAUAUUUUCAUGAUUUUUUUCCACGAAAUGCCUUAGUGGGGAAUUUUCAAAAGUGAAGAUGCCUUUCUAUUGUUUUCUAAUGUUUUCCCCUCUUAGGAGCAAAUUCAUUUGAUUAGUAUUCCAUGAGCAUAGCUUUGGCCUCUUCUCCCUUAGCCCUGAGGUCAUCAGGCCCCAGUGACAUUAGCAGGUCACCAACAGAGCCCAGUGCCUUUACUGGAGCAAGGCAAAGCUGACACAUCUGUAGAGAACUGACCUUCAGUCAGUAGAUUCCCCCGGUAGACUGACCUUCAGUUUUCUCCCGCCCAGCAGACUGGCUUCUCAGGAGGCCAUAUCAUUUCACUGGACACCCCAGAGAAUCCAGAGCACCCUGGUGCAGGAAGACAUCUAUGUGAAAUGAUGUGUAUAUCUUGUCCAUUCUCCCCGUGCCCUCCUAAGUAAACUGAAAGCAUCUUAAUCUGCUAAGCUGCAUUAUUAUCUUAACUGAUGAGUCCUGCAGAGACCUCCUGUACCCUUUGCUCUAAUGUACCUAUUCCAGUCCUGCCUGUACGAAUGUUCUUGAGGCAAAAAGAAACAGUUCUAGUACCUGGUGACCAAUCCAGUGUGAGCUGGUUCCAGUUCUGUUUUGUGUUUGGGGACAAAAAAAAAAAAAAAAAGAAAAAGAAAAAAAAAAGAGGGCAGAGGAAAUGUGAAAGAAAACCCAUUUCUAUUUCAUUAUCUGGCCGUAGCAAGACCAAAAGCAUUUUUUUGAAAUUACUAUUUAGGUGCAUAUAUCUUACUUAAAUUCUGUCCAUCCCCAUGCACUCCCAUUCCCCCAGGCUCCAAAUAUUUUAGCAUGAGGUAGAAGCAUUGGCAGUGGAGGAAAACUAAGGUCCAGAACAGAGGCACUGUUCCUCCAGGAAGGAGCCCUUAGUGCAUCUCACCACAGGGCUUGCUGCUUUGAGGAGUCUGCGUUUGCUUUAUCUUGGCUUUCGAUCCCCAUCUGAGAGCUGGAACCUUUGAUCUUGUCCUUGAACUCCCCUGGACAUCUUGGGAAGCUGUCUCUUACUUUCAUCUCUGCAAAUUGAAUCGGCACCCUUUGCUGUGGUUGCAACUCCAAUUGCUGUUCUGAACACAGGGAGCCUAUGAUGCAAAUGCAGAGGUGGGUCCCAUGGUGACAGUGGUGGGAUUCAAACAAGGACCCCCGAGUAGAAGAGAACACCAUGCAGCCCCAGGCUUGUGGGAAGGGGAUACACUUGGCAGGCGAGAACUGCCCUGUUUGUCACAAACCAGUCCUAAGCCUGGAAUCCAUUAUCCAGGAAGGACUACUUAGGUGAUAGUUCAAAAGGACUGACACAUGCAGGCUUGUGCUGCAAAGACUUCCAUUCAGGUGCUAAACAAAAAAAAGCCUUUGCCACAUGGAUGUAGCUCUCACAUCCUUAGGAACGAGCCUCCUUCCUUGGCCUUCAGAGUCUCAUGCUCCCCAUUAAUUUAGUUCAUUCAUAAGCCUUCCUCAACAAGGUUUAUAUUUCAAACCAGCCGUCUGUCCUUGACGUCACAAUGUAGAAGGUAAAGCUAGCAAGAGCCAAUUUGCUCAGUGCAAACACUGGUCCUGUCCUGUUGCUGGCUACAGCCCAUCUGUAACUGAGCCUGGAGCAAAUGUUUUAAGAUUCCUUAUUGUAACAAGAAUUCUAGUCUGUGAAAGAAAUUACUAACAAUGAGUUCCUUUGAAAAUUGAAAACAGAUUUCCUGAAUGUUGCUCUUUCCUGCUGGGACAGAUGCAAAAACAUUUCCUCCCUUUUAGGGUAGUUUGUCUUAAACCCGGAAGCCUGGGCUGUCUAAGACAGGUUGAACGUGCUGUGUGCUGUCAGUUGAGGCUGCUGACUAAGCAGUCCACAGCCAUUGUCUCUGGAGCCUCCCUGCCACUGCCUGGCCGUGUGGUCCAGCUUUCCACAUUACAAGGAACAUCCUCUCUGCUAACCCAACCAAGACAGCCCUGCAGAGGGAAAAGGCCGGCACAGACCACUCUCCUCUGUGCCAGGCUAAACAGCCUAGGGAUCAGUUUCACAGACAGGUUCCGUAAAUGUCUAAUUUUUUUUGGCAAGUGUUAGAAAUGUAGCAUUCCUUUGCACUAUAGUGCAUUUCUCCUCCAGAAAGUAUCUGUAACUAUUUU